AUGUCGUCAAACCAGGCCGAAGCCGAAGUAGGUCAAGCCACGGUCCCUGUCGCGCAAGAAGCUGGUCUCUCCUUCGGCAAUAUCCUCAAGGGAAACGCAGCCCAUGCCCUCACGCCGUUCGAGAGAAAGGCGGCCCUUGUUAAUGCUGAACUCGACAAGUUCGGCAUGGGCAAGUACCAAUGGUGCAUUUGGUUUCUGUGCGGCUUCGGCUACUUCCUGGAUCUCGCGUGGUCGCAGGGUGUCGGUCUCGCGGCAACUGCCAUCUACCAGGAGAUGGGUGUGCCCGAUGCCAGAACCGGAGACAUUUACUCUUUGGCAAACGCCGGGCUGGCCAUUGGCGCCUUCAGCUUUGGUCUUCUGGUCGAUGUGAUUGGCCGCAAGUGGGCCUUCAACCUGACCUGUCUGAUCACGUCCGUCUUUGGUCUGCUCUUGGCAGCACCCAAGCACAACUACCACGCCAUCUGCGGCAUCUACUUCUUGGCCUCGCUUGGUCUCGGCGGCAACAUCCCCAUUGACGCCACCAUCACUCUCGAGUUUCUUCCCCAGAACCGUCGUUUCCUCGUCGCAUUGCUCUCGCUCUGGCAGCCCGUUGGUGUCGCCAUCGCUUCUCUCCUCGCGUUCGGCACCACGGCCAGACCCAAGUGGCGUUGCGACCCCGACUUGCCUGCUUGCGGCAACGGCGUGACUCCCUGCUGCACCACGUCAAGCAACAUGGGCUGGAGAUACCUGUUCAUCAUCCUCGGCGGCAUGACUCUCGUCAUCUUCUUCCUCCGCUACUUCAUCUUCACCUUCCAAGAGUCGCCCAAGUUCCUCGUCAGCAGAGGCAGAGAUGCCGAGGCCAUUGAGGUUCUCCACAAGAUCGCCAGAUUCAACAAGGCUCCCCCACCACUUCUGACUGUCGUCCAUCUUGCUGCCAUUGACGAGACGUAUUCCAUGUCGACCGACGCGAUUGAGACGACUGGCCAGCCCCUCAGCACCAUGCAAACGACCAAGAAGGUCUUGAAGAACACGGCCCACAGCUUCAAGCAUCUCAAGGCCCUCUUUACCAACAAGCUCCAGAUGUUCAUCUUUGUCCUCCUGGCCGUCGCUUACAUGGGCGACUACUGGUCCUUCAACCUUGCCGGUCAAUUCUUGCCCAUCAUUCUUCUCCGCAACAAUGUCAGCAGCGGAGCUACAACCGUCACCAAGACCUAUGUCCAGUACAUCGCCAUCUACACGCCUGGUAUCGCCGGUGCCAUCAUUGCUAUGGCCUCAGUCCAGUUGCCUCUGGUCGGCAGAAAGUGGUCUCUGGUCUUUUCCGCCAUCUGUCAGGGUCUUGCCAUGGCCAUGUACACUCAAGUCAACACCACUGCCGGUUAUGUCGGUCUGAACGCUUUCGAGUACAUUAUGCAAACCUACUUCAACGCCGUCCUUUACGCUUCCGCUCCCGAGCUGUUUGAUACGGCGUACCGUGGAAGUGCCAGUGGCAUGCUGUCCUGCUUGGGUCGUAUCGCUGGCAUCGUCGCUCCCUUUGCCGGAGCAAGUCUUCUGGCCAGCCAGAGUUCCGGUAUCCUAUGGCUGGGUGCCGGUGGUAUUUGGCUGUCUGCCCUGACCAUGAUUUUCCUGCCUGUCGAGAUGAGAAACAGACAGAUGUUCUAG